AUGAAUAAAGAAUACAUUAAAUUUUUUUUGUCUCUUUUAAGCGUAUUCAUAUAUGUGAACGAUCAAACCCUUGCAACUGAACCUUCCCCAGGAAAUGUUACUCUAGACAAAUUUGUAUCCGCUUUGCCCAACAAUCACCCGGAUAAAGGACAUGAACAAAACAACCCCCUAUUAUGCACAGAUCCUGAAGAAACUGAAAAAGCAACAAAACUUAUGAAUAUAGCUGUGUCACUUUUACAAUACCAUGGUACAAAUACAGAUAAUUACGAUUUAAUUACUGAUCUUGAUUUUGAUACAAACUUAUAUUUUAAGAAGCAUGAAAACGCAGAUAUUGAGAAACUUAAUUUUAAAAUUCGAAACCCCGAUAAGUAUAAUGAUAUAGUAAAAAAACUAUGGAAUCCACAUGGUGAUCAAUAUUAUGAUGAAAACUUUAUUAAUGGAAAAAUUGUUCGUGUAUAUAAUCCAAAUUUAAUAAUGAUACAACACCAUUACCAAAAUUCGGCGCAAUCAUCUCCAAAAUAUGCCUAUGCUUUAGUCACAAAAGUUGAAAUAUCAAAAGACACGACUAUAAUGGUUUGUGGUUCAACAAAUAUAACUGACCACAACAAUUCCAAUCCGAAAACAUAUAUAAACACUAUCUCCGAAAUUGCAGAUUCAUUAAAAAUUGACAUUAAUUCGGAAGAGGGUAUUAAAAAGGAAGAGUUAGAAAAAAAAUUUGUUAACUUAUCUGGAUUUAUAAUUAAAAAAGACAACGAAUUAAUUGAUAUUACCUAUGUCACCUCUAUGCAUGUGAAUGCCCCCUUUGUCCCAAUGUUUAUUAAUAGAUUAAUUAAAGCAUCAAAGUUGAUAGUUCUUAUGCACUUAAAAAAUGUCUUUUACAAUGUAUAA